AGUGCGGUCGAGUGCGCGUGUCUUGCGCCUUCACACAACACUGUACAACGUCCUUUGUGACGUGUGAAAUGAGAGUUUGACUCCGCGUCGGACGAGUCAGCUAAGUUAAGCCCCAUUGUGUGUUGGAGAAGUUAAAAAUGAAAGUGGACAACGAGUUGGCCGCUCCCGAGGAGACUAAACCGAUGAUCUCCGACAGGAAGGGCAGUCUGAAGGUGACCAUCACCCCGGCCCAGCACAAGACCCUCACGCACCUGCCAAAGAGACCGCCCGUGGACCUGGCGUUCACGGACCUCACCUACAAGGUUCAGGAGGGCAGGAAAAGCAAUGUGAAGACAAUCCUCAAAUCGGUGUCAGGGAGGCUGCGCUCCGGCGAGCUGACGGCCAUCAUGGGUCCAUCGGGUGCCGGGAAGUCCACACUGCUCAACAUCCUUACUGGAUACAAGACAUCAGGAAUGGAGGGUAGUAUCACAGUGAACGGAAUGGAGCGUAACCUGUCCAGCUUCCGCAAGCUGUCCUGCUACAUCAUGCAAGAUAACCAGCUUCACGGGAACCUCACGGUCGAAGAGGCAAUGGCAGUAGCCACUGCGCUGAAAUUACCCAGCGCCACGAACAGAGCUGACAAGGAGGAAGUGAUUCAAGAAAUCCUCGAAACACUAGGACUGUCAGAACACCACAAAACUAUGACGUCAAAUCUGUCUGGAGGGCAAAAGAAACGUCUCUCCAUUGCCCUGGAGUUAGUCAACAAUCCACCCAUCAUGUUCUUCGACGAGCCCACAUCUGGAUUGGACAGUUCCUCCUGCUUCCAAUGUAUAUCACUGCUGAAGACCCUGGCCAGAGGUGGCCGGACCAUCAUCUGCACCAUUCAUCAGCCCUCGGCGAGAUUGUUCGAGAUGUUUGACCACUUGUACACGUUGGCAGAUGGGCAAUGUGUUUACCAAGGCAGCACUGGACGAUUGGUGGAGUGGCUCGGCAGCCUGAGUCUUCAGUGCCCUUCGUACCAUAACCCCGCGUCCUUCAUUAUCGAAGUGUCCUGCGGCGAGUACGGCGACAAUACCGGCAAGUUGGUGAGGGCUAUCGACAACGGCAAGAACGAUAUCAGAACUGGCAUGCCACUGCCAAAACUGGCAGAAUACAACAACAAGAAGGACAUGGAUCAGUCCUUGAAGGCCAACGAAUGGAACAAAAACGACGCUUCCCAAGUCCAGGACAAAGUGGUGGACGUACUGAACGGCGCCAACGGUACAAACGGUGCCAAUAACCUUCACAAUGGGCUCUUGCAGCUCGCGGCGAAUGAAAUUGCUAAAGGCAAAGGCGAUCAAGUAGUACAAGUGGAAACUGAAAAGCAGGACAACGCAGAAGUCGCCCUUCUCGGCACAGAUGGUUCUCCACGGCGUUACGCAACUUCUGAACUGACGCAGUUCUGGGUUGUGCUCAAACGUACCUUGCUCUUCAGUAGGAGAGACUGGACGCUGAUGUACCUACGUCUGUUCGCGCACAUCCUGGUCGGGUUCUUGAUCGGCGCUCUGUACUACGACAUCGGAAAUGACGGCUCAAAGGUGCUGUCCAACCUCGGCUUCCUCUUCUUCAACAUGCUGUUCCUCAUGUACACCUCGAUGACCAUCACCAUCCUAAGUUUCCCCCUGGAGAUGCCGGUGCUGAUAAAAGAGCAUUUUAACAGGUGGUAUUCGCUGCGUUCCUACUACCUUGCCAUCACGGUCUCGGAUAUACCAUUCCAAGCGAUAUUCUGCAUAAUCUACGUGGUGAUCGUGUACCUGCUGACGUCACAGCCGCUGGAGUGGUUCCGCUUUUCUAUGUUCCUCUCAUCUUGCUUGCUGAUCGCCUUCGUGGCUCAGAGCGUGGGGCUAGUGGUCGGAGCAGCCAUGAACGUGCAGAACGGGGUAUUCCUUGCGCCAGUGAUGUCGGUGCCGUUCCUGCUGUUCAGCGGGUUCUUCGUAUCGUUCAACGCAAUACCGGUGUACCUGCGCUGGAUAACUUACGUGUCAUACAUCCGCUACGGGUUCGAGGGCACGGCGCUCGCCACCUACGCGUUCAACAGAACCAAACUGCAGUGCCACCAGGUGUACUGCCACUUCAAGCAUCCAGACAUCACUCUCGAAGAGCUGGAUAUGCAGAACGCAGACUUCACGCUGGAUAUUGCGGCACUGUGUCUUAUAUUCGUCAUCUUGCGUAUAUCCGCCUUCCUAUUCCUGCGCUGGAAGCUAAGAUCCACUAGAUAAGCUCGUUCUAAGUUUGUACAGUUCGCACAAUCUCACUUGGCCGGUCUGAGGGCUCUCCGAAACAUUUGCGCAUGCGCCUGCGCAACAAAUACUGUAUUUACGCGACCACUUGAAAUUUACGUCAGUCAGGUCAACUUAAAUCGCGCGUACAGUUCGCACAAUCUUACUUUGCCGAGCUAAGUUGUACGUUGUGUAACGUUACCACCGAAGUCAGACUACAGUUUAAUUCUUGGAACUGAUUUUCUACCUACGUUAACUUAUUCGAUCGCUUUAAAGUUAACUAUUCAUAUGGUAUCGAAGAGACGCCAUCUAGUGACGAUACUGUUUCCCAGUAUUGUGGCUAGAUGCCGCUGCUACGAUACCAUAUAAAUCGUGGAUAACUAUCAAGCGAUGUAAUAAGUACAUUUAAUUGUAAAAUAAUAAAAAAAAAAUCAAAUAAUUUGUAAUUUUUUAUUUAUUCAUCAAAUAAAACAUGCAAACAAAAUGGUUCGUACAAAAGGACAGAAAAACUGCAUAGGUUUGUCCUUCUCUGGUGUUCCUAUCUGCAACGACUAUUAUUAGGUAUAUGCUUAAAGAAAUUCCAGCUGUCAGUGAGUCAGAAAAAACCUGCUACUUAGGAACUUAUUAUGCGUGUUACUUAAAAAUUAUAAUACUGUUUAAAUUUUUUAUGAAUGUUGUUACAAUGAUUUGUGUAUCUUAUGAAUAAAUAAGUAAGUUAAGUUAGGUAGAAAAUCUUGCACUUGACCCUCAGUUCGAUCAAUCUCACUUUGUUAAGCUAAGUUAAGCUAAGUUGGCUUUGAAGACAAAUGACACCACAGAAGUCUGACUACUGUUGAAUAAACCUAACUGUAUCCGCGCAACCACUUGUGACUUACUUCAGUCUGGCCAUCUUAGAUCGCGCUUUCUGUGAGGUGAGCUUUAGGGUGGGAUCACUAUUGAGUACUGAUGUUUUCCGUACUAGUUUCGAUAGCAAGUUGUUCUGCUAUGCUUUGCGUACAGGCACAGCGACAAAUAAGUGAUUUAGCGUUCUGGUACGAUGCCGCGUUUAAACCGUUUAGGUGUAAGGGUUCUAUAUAACCAAUAUACCAGAUAACAGGUUAGACCGUAAAGAUGACAUUGAUGUCAAGGGCUAACUUGCACAAAUUUAAUACAUUUGGUUAUAUAACAUAUUGGUUAGCCCGUACAGGUGACAUUGAUGUCAAGGGCACAAAUUUAAUACAUAGAUGUCUAAAUAAAAACCGCCUUGGUCGAUACAAUUAUAAGAAGUAUUUGGCUAGAAUUUCUAAAUUUACGUAGACGCUUAAAUAAAUUCUGCUAAAUUUCGAUUAAUUGCUGGACAAAUCUAUCCCAAGAUUUAAGGUAUUUUUUAUUAUUUAAAAUUAACCAUUAUUUAAAAAAAAACUCGCAAACACUUUGUUUUCUAAGGCCAAAAGUUAUAUGCAACUACCAAAGGUAUCCCUGAAAAAGCUCAUCUGUAUAUUCAGAGUACAGGGGCAAAAGGUGUAAUGUUAUCAGAACAAAAUCUUGUGUGAUUCCAUAUAUAAUGCUUAAGACUGAUAUGAUAAAUUAAUAACAUGGACUUUUUACUCAAGCUUUUCUUUAUCUCAUAAUACUUUCAUUACUUAAAGUAUGACCCCCGCUAUUAAAGAAUGAAAUAUAAAAAGCUGCCUAUGUCUAGAUACAAGAACGUAGAUAAUAAUGGCCGCUUCAUUAAAAUCUAUUAUUUAAUGGCGCGGAUUAUGUACCUAUGUUUUAGAAAUAAAAUAAAAAAAGAACGUUAAUAACGCACUUAAAUAAAAACUAAAAAAUUGUUUACAUUAUAAGACUGGUAUGCAAAAAUGGACAAUAAUUUAUCCAGUCGUGCUUCUCUUCUGCAGUCUAAUAGAAGUGUAUGUAGUUAUGGUAGUAUUAACCUAUCCAGUUUUCAUGUACAAGGUUUUGAAAUUUAUAAAAGGAAUUACUUAAACACAACACACUCAUUUUAAAAACACUUAUUUUUACUCGAUUUCCAUAUUUUUUUUUCGGUAAAUAUGCACCUUUUUUGUGAUUUUCAUGUGACAUCACUUCUUUGGCUCCUGUACCCUUUUUUAAUCUGUUAAUAAUAUUAAAGUUUAGUUUUAACUUUUACAUAAGUUCAAUGUUGGGAGUAAUGGGGUCUGAUUUUCUAUGAUAUUGGAAUCGUAACUAUAGUCCAGCCGUUAAUGCGACAGGGCGUUGAAGCUGCGGAUCGUGAUGUAAAUAUUUGUAUGAAUUAUUAUUAUCACUAAAAACUAUUUCAUUUCACCAACAUACAAUCUUUUAAAAACUAUAUAUUUAUAAAAUAUUUGUAAAAUUCAAACUGCUUACACGCUUAUGUCAACUGUCACUGUCAACUGACAGAAAUCUGGAAAGCAGCGGCUGGAUUAAAAAUGCAAUAAACUUUCAAUUUUGACACCUCUUAGUACAAAUAAAAUGUCAUAAAUUGUAGUUACAAGUUACAAUUUGUAUGUCAUAGCGAAUGCGGGCUCCGAAAGAGUUUUUAUAAGAGUUCUAAAAUGAAACUUGAACGCAGUUAUUGUGAUAAUAGGUGGUUUUUCGAAUAUACGUAAAUGUUGAUAGUGUUUUGUGUUAAGGGCGAAUACGGUAUUUGUGAGAAUAGCUAAUCAUAAAUGUAGAAAUUCCAUAAGGCUUAUUUUAGCAUACUGAAAAAAAAAAGUUAUAAACAAAAAAAAAAACAAGCUUCUCUCAUACCAGGAUAUGGGGGGAGGUGAGCAUUUAAAAAAAAAGAUGCCAUUCAUAGGUUUUUCGCUUCUUUUAGGCAGUUUGUAACACUAACUAACCUACCCGUUAGUAACGUUGAAAAAAAAAGGAUAAUUCCAGUAUGGAUACAAGAUCGGUCGUGCUGAAAUUGCUAGGUGUACGCUAUUACACACACUUGAGGUAUCAAAAAAAAUAUACAGUCGAAUUGAGAACAUCCUCCUGAAAUGUGGCCUACUUGAAAUAUACGAAGUAGGAAACUGGCCCAGUCGAGCACAAACCUGGGUUCUGAAGGACGUCUUUGCAUCACGGCUUUUUUGCCGCUUGUUUCCAGCUAGCUCACUCUUGGGGGUCUACCAACACUGCGCUUUUCAAUGUACUGUCGCCACAAACCUUGGGAACCCGAUGCCCAUUAGCAAGUAUAGUUUUCGCCCCUCUCACAAGACAGCGAGAUGAUAGGGUUUUUGAGAAUGUUUAAAAAAUUAUAGUAUGAGAAACAAAUAAUUAUGACGCGGCUUAUUAAUUACGUAGGUGGCUGGUAGGAGCAUGACAAUUAUUUAUGAUUACAGUAGCUAUGUACAAAGUGCCUUCUAUUUUAUGCUUAUGAAAUUAUGUUUAGAUUAUAUUAUGCAGUUUUACAUAGAUGUUUAAGAGUGUUUAAGGAUUUAAAACUAUCGGGAGUGGUAUUUGUUAUUGAUAAAUAAGUUGGUUUCACUCACGCGUGUUUUGUCGGUGUAUGCCCGACUGAGAGAUACGUUAUGUUUACUUAUACGUUAUUGUCGGUAUAGUACUGAUGGUCAAAUAAAUCUGGUAGGGUCAAAUGUGUUUUGGUCGGCGUACAUCCGACUAAAACCAUAAAUACAGUUCACUCAGGCAAGUUGCAAAAAAAUUGGCAGCUAAAAAAAGAAAUAAUCUUUAAUAGUCUUCUAUUUCUUGUGAUCUUAUUAUGAUAAAAUAAUAGAUGCGUCAGGAAAACGUUAUACAUCUGACAUAACGAAACAAAAUUGACUUAGCAUUGUCCAGCAUGCCUGUCCAAGAAUGAGAUGAUAACUUGUGAGCUGGGCUCAUAUGUUUGUGGAACUGUAGUUUCUCUAGAGUUCAGCAAACACAACCAGUCGGGCGUACACCGACCAAAACACGCUUGAGUAAAGCCUUUUAAAAAAAUAUAUAUUUAGACUGAUUAGAAAAUUGUCAAAAAAUACAGACUGGUUUUUGAACUGGUGUAUGAACCUGGAAAAUUACUAUUAACAAUAGACGUAAUCCGAUGCUGUGAGAGGCGUGUAGAGUCUAAUUAAAUUUAAUUUUUUUGGAUUUACGAAGCGUGUUGGAAGCUCGCUUAUUAAUUGCGUCCUGUUUUAAUAGUAUGUUUCUAUCUUUCAUAAUGUCACAAAUGCCUAUAAAUAUGUAAUUAAAUAUAUUGAUGUUAUAACA